AUGUCAAGCAAAUCAUCUUCCCCUAAUCAACAAUUCAACCCCCCUUCAUCCAUCCUGAUCGUUGGUUCGGGAGUUUUUGGCCUAGGGACGGCAUAUGCUCUCGCCCGCCGCGAUGCCUUUUCCAACACCGCCAUAACUGUUCUUGACCGCUCGGUGGAUGAAGCCUUGUUCCCAUCGCGAGAUGCCUCGAGUGUUGAUACUUCUCGCAUAAUUCGCGCCGAUUAUGCUGAUCCUGCAUAUGCUGCUCUAGCUGCUGAAGCUCAGCAUGAAUGGCGGAAGCAAGGAGAUAAUGACCUUGGCGGCCAAGGGAGAUACAGUGAAAGUGGUCUGGUGUUGGUCGUUGACAGUGUUCCUUCCAGCACUGUAGCCAAGAAAGAUGGCGCUUAUUACUGCAAGCAGAGCUGGGAGAACGUCAAUGCCAUGGCAAAAAAGGACCCAUCGCUUCAAGGAAAGCUCAAACUCCUGCCCAAUAUCGAGGCUAUUCGAGAAGCCGUUGGCACUGGCCACGUCAACUCAGGUGUUUGGGGUUACCAAAAUCUCAACUCUGGGUGGGCUGAUGCAGACCGUUCCAUGCAAUGGCUUCUGCGCAAAGUCAAGGAGACUGGACGAGUCAAAUUCGUGUCAGGCACCGCAACCAGCCUGACCCGCAACGGCAAAAAGAUUACAGGGGUGAAGCUCUCUGACGACAGGCAGCUCUCGGCCGAUCUGGUUGUUCUCGCAACAGGGGCCUGGACAGGUGGAUUGGUGGACCUGGCAGGCCGUGCAGCCGCGACAGCCCAGGUGCUCGCGUACUUGGACAUCACGGACGAGGAGCAAGCCGCGUUGGCUAAAAUGCCCGUCUACCUCAAUUUUGGUUCUGGACUCUUCAUCAUCCCGCCAGCAAACAACGUCCUCAAAGUUGCCCGACACGAGUACGGUUACCUCAACCCUACUACUACCGCGACACCUUUGCGCUCUGGAAUGGCAUCGAAUGCGCCUUACACCGUUUCUUUGCCGCCAGUUGACGUGGCAGAAGCUUUCCAAGAUAUUCCUCAGCAAAGCAAGGAAGCCUUACGUUCGGCAUUGAGGGACAUGGUCCCGAUCCCUGCUAUUCACGACCGGCCCUUCACUUCAACUCGCGUAUGCUGGUACACCGAUACAAAGUCGGGUGAUUUCAUCAUCGACUAUCAUCCUGAGUGGGAAGGUCUUUUCCUCGCCACCGGUGGUAGCGGCCACGGGUUCAAGUUCUUGCCAGUUCUGGGAGAACGUAUAGCCGACUGUAUCGCAUAUGAUCGCCCCUCAGCAUUCGCGGACAAAUGGGCAUUCAAUACUCUGCCUGAUAGCGUCCGCUGGGACCAGGUUUGCACAGAGGACGGCAGCCGUGCUGGCCAGGCUGGUCGCUACUUUAAAGAGGAAAUGGCAAAGUCGACAAAAGCAUCAAAGUUAUAA